AUGGCGUCUUCCUCGGCGACUCUCUCUCUCUGUUCUGCUUUCGCUUCGCAUUGCAAUGUCGCUUCUCGCCGUUCGAGCUCUACUCUUUCUCUUCUCUCUAAACCCUCUCUUACUCUCUCUAAACCUUCGACUGGGUUUCCUUCAACUGCGUCGACCUCUCGACCUUCAUUCCUCGCUGCUCCGAAAUUCGCUGAAUCUGCCGUCGAGACUGAGCCGGAAACUACAGAUGUCGAAGCUGUUGUUCUUUCCGAGGUCGCUGAUGAGGAUAAGCCUAAACGCGAAGAGAUUUUCGCCGUUAUCAUGGUUGGUGGAAGACAAUACAUUGUGUUUCCAGGGAGGUAUCUCUACACUUCGAGGUUGAAAGAUGCAAGUGUCGAUGAUCAGGUUGUUCUGAACAAGGUUUUACUUGUUGGCACAAAGACACACACGUACAUUGGCAAACCAGUUGUGACCAAUGCCACUGUACAUGCUGUUGUCGAAAGUCAAGGUCUGGAUGAUAAAGUGGUAGUCUUCAAGUACAAGCCAAAGAAGAAGUACCGAAGAAACAUUGGUCACCGACAGCCGAAUACGAGGAUUAGGAUUACAGGAAUCACAGGGUAUGAAGAGUAUCCAGCGUCACCCAAUGUUGCGGUCUAA